UUUUUAAAAUACAGUGUAAAAGUAUCGGUUAGUAACACAUAAAUGAAUCUGCAAAACCCUUGAUCACUAUCAGUCGUGUCCUCCCACUCCGCUCCGGAAACGGCGACCUUCUGUUCUCCGGUGACAACGCAUACGGUGCACAUAAUUUAGCUGAAGCCCUCUAUUGUCUCUGGAAGCAUCAUCUUCCAGUAUCAAUCAUGCAACAGGCUGGUGGCUCUGAAACUGAAGUGACAUGGGAGGAUCAGCAGAACAUCAACAAGUUUGGGAGACUCAACAACCGCUUUCACGAACUUGAAGAUGAAAUAAAGAUUGCCAAGGAAGCGAAUGAGAACAUUGAGGAUGCAAGCAAUGAAUUGAUUCUAACUGAUGAAGAGGUGGUGAGGUUCCAAAUAGGCGAGGUUUUUGCUCAUGUGCCAAAAGAUGAAGUCGAGAUCCGGAUUGAGAAAAUGCAACAGGAAACUACCAUACGUUUGGAGAAACUUGAGGAAGAGAAGGAAUCGAUACUUGCUCAGAUGGCCGAAUUGAAGAAGAUUUUGUAUGGUAAGUUCAAGGACUCGAUCAACCUCGAGGAAGACUGAUUGCUAAUUGCUCAGUAUUUUUUUUUAUGUUGUACCAAACGUUGUCUCUUGUAUUCCAAGGCAUAUUCGGUACCUUAAAAUUAUUGUCUUGUCCCUUUGUAAGACCCAUGUGCUUAUGAAAUUAACCAAUGAGAUAGGGGAAAA